UAGUAUAACUCCUAUAUAAUAUUCAAAGCAAGAUGUAUAGGUGAAUCGACUCAUUAAUUUAAAAUGACUUUCAAAUUAAGUUUGGAAUAAGAAAAAAUGAGCAAUCUCCUUUUUCGUUAUGUUAUAAGAAAAAAAUUGCCACUCACAAAGAUAAAAAGGCCAUUGAAGGGCCAGAGAUUUGUUGAUAUCUUAGCUCCAAAGGCAAAUGUGAUCAAGAAUCACCAAAACUGUGUUAAACUCAUUGAGGACUUUCUUCAAACAGGUUGUGUGCAAAAUUGUGAACACCCAUUAAUGGAUAAAGAAGAUUCAGUUUCGUUGUUAUUUAGAUUUCAUAAAGAAGGGUCUAAAAUUGGUGUUAGUUUAGUAUCGAAUGCGAUGAGUUUAUGUGCAUCGAAAAGGGUUUUUAACGUAGGGAUUCAAGUUCAUUGUUUGGUGAUUGUUAAUGGGUUUUUAUCUAAUGUGUAUAUUGGUAGUUCUUUGAUUAGUUUUUAUAGUAAUUUUGGAGGAAUUGUAGAUGCAUACCAAGUGUUUGAUGAAAUGUCCGUGAGAAAUGUUGUGUCUUGGAGUGCGCUGUUAAAUGGUUUUGCAAAGGAGAAUGAGUUGGGUAUGUGUUUGAAGCUGUAUAAAGGUAUGAUGGGGUUGGGAUUGAAGGUUAAUGAAUUCGUUUUUACGAGCUUGUUGAGCGUGUGUAUGGGUAGUGGAUGUUUUGGUUAUGGAAGAAGUAUCCAUUGCCAGAUAAUUGUUAUGGGGUUUGAAUCGUAUAUACAUGUUGCAAAUGCGAUGUUAUCAAUGUAUAGUAAAUGUGGGGAAGUAAAGGAUGCUAUGUGCAUUUUUGAUAAUACAAAGAGUAAAGAUUUGGUGUCAUGGAACUCGAUGAUCUGUGGUUAUGGACAGCAAGGACAUGUAACUCAAGCUAUUGAACUUUUCGAGGAGAUGAAGAAGCAAGAAGUGAGACCUGAUUCGAUUACUUUCCUUGGGGUGUUGUCUUCUUGUCGUCAUGCUGGUUUGGUUAAAGAAGGUAUGUCUUACUUCAAUUCGAUGGUUGGUUAUGGUGUGAACCCUGAGGUAGAUCAUUAUUCAUGUAUCGUGGAUCUUCUUGGACGAGCACGUUUAUUAGAAGAGGCUCGUGAGUUUAUCAAAAAGAUGCCAAUUCAGCCAAAUGGUGUUAUCUGGGGUUCCUUGCUUAUGUCGUGUAGGCUUCAAGGGAACUUACCGUUGGGGAUUGAGGCUGCAGAGAAUAGGCUUGCACUCGAACCAUGGUCCACGUCUACCCAUCUGCAGCUGAUAAAUUUAUACGCUCGUUUAGGAUACUGGGAUCAGGCAGCUAGAGUGCAGAAGUUGAUGAAAGAUAAAGGACUUAAACGGGAUCCUGGUUAUAGUUGGAUCGAGAUAAGCAAUCAAGUUUUUCGAUUUACUGCUGAAGACAUAUCGAUGGGACAUAUUAGAUCGAUUGCUAGUUUGGUGGAUGUUUUGGUGGAUCACAUGAGAAACUUUGGUGUAGAAGAAAUUGACUCCGAUUUCUGGUGUAGUAAUUUAGAGUAGAUGCUUAAUUCAACUCCAAAAGCUAGCUGAUCAAGUCUUCAUCCACAAAUUCUGGUAAAAGAUUGGCCAUACAAUGAAAUCUGGCAUUAGAAAACAUAGGUCUACUCACUGAAGCUACUGUCUCACUGUAUUCUUGUUCUUUAGAGAAGACGAUCUCGGCUAAAUCACCAACAUCUUGCAUCGACUUGGAUGGUUCAUCGAUCUGCCUAGCAACUGCAACAGGCUGCAAGCACUGAUCGAAACAGGCUGCAAACGCUGAUCGACACAGAAAACCACCAAAAUGAUUCACCUGAAACUCAGAAUAUGAAGCUGAUUAAAAAAGCCUAUAACUUCUCAUGUAAACUCCAACAUCUUGAGAGAAGCAAAUUAGACAAGCUCACAAAGGCGAAAGUCAACGUAUGUUAUCAGAGGCGGAGAUUGUACAAUAUACGGGUUCACAGGAACUCAGUAGCUUUUGUGUCUACAUUUAUUAAGAAAAUCACUAGAGAUGUAUAAAUAUUUGAUUGUGAACCAAGUUAUUUAUAUAUGUUAACUUGAUAC